AUGAAAAAAAACUACCCAACAGUGCGAGUUAUAGUAGAUUGCACCGAGCUUGAAAUCGAAAAACCUAGUAAUCCACAAGCUCAGCAAGACACUUGGUCAACAUAUAAAAAUACAAACACUGUUAAAGCACUUGUUGGUAUAACACCUAAUGGAAUAGUUUCAUAUAUUUCAUCACUCUAUGGUGGUGCGGCAUCCGAUCGAAGUCUGUUGAAUAUGACAGGUGCUGGAAGUCUCAUUGAAUUAUUAGAAGCGGGCGACACAAUAAUGUCUGAUCGUGGUUUUGCUCUUGACCAUCAACAUUCACAUCUAAAUUUGGUACAUCCGCCGUUUCUACAAGAUAAAUCACAACUGCCAUUAACCAAAGUGAUUGAAACUCGUGUUAUCGCCCGUCAUCGUAUCCACGUGGAACGAUGCAUGGGCAGAAUAAAAAAUUACAAACUACUCAACGGCAUCAUUCCAAUAAAAUCAAUAUAUCUUGCCAACUUUUGGUUUUACAUAUGUACUUUUUUAACAAUUUUCGAUGAACCACUUGUAAAAGUUGUAUAA